CGUGGCCCCACGCCUCCGGUGACGUCACGAACCUAGCAGCGUGGAUGUGGAUGCCGACAUCACCUUCCUUUCGCUAACGGGAUCGGCCUUGGUCAGUUGCCGUGUCAAACGGGUCCUCGUUUCCUCCGCAUUUUCAACCGACUCCUUCAGAAUCACAUGAAUUUCUGACCCUCAUCAGUCUGGCAUCAUGGGAAUCAAGUUCCUAGAAGUCAUCAAGCCCUUUUGUGGCAUUCUUCCCGAAAUCGCCAAACCAGAACGGAAGAUCCAGUUCCGAGAGAAGGUUCUAUGGACUGCAAUCACCCUCUUCAUUUUCCUUGUCUGUUGCCAGAUCCCACUCUUUGGGAUUAUGAGCUCAGAUUCUGCCGACCCUUUCUACUGGAUCCGAGUGAUCCUUGCCUCCAAUCGAGGGACAUUGAUGGAACUCGGAAUCUCACCAAUUGUGACCUCGGGCCUUAUCAUGCAACUCUUGGCUGGUGCAAAAAUAAUAGAAGUUGGUGAUACUCCAAAGGAUAGGGCACUCUUCAAUGGAGCACAGAAACUUUUUGGCAUGGUGAUCACUGUUGGUCAAGCCAUUGUAUACGUUAUGACGGGAAUGUAUGGUGAUCCUGCUGAGAUUGGGGCUGGAGUAUGCUUGUUGAUCAUCAUUCAGCUAUUUGUUGCUGGCCUCAUUGUCCUGCUUCUUGAUGAACUCCUGCAAAAGGGAUAUGGUUUGGGAUCUGGUAUUUCCCUCUUCAUUGCCACCAACAUCUGCGAGACCAUCGUUUGGAAAGCAUUUAGCCCUGCAACUGUGAAUACUGGAAGGGGAACAGAAUUUGAGGGUGCCAUCAUUGCCCUGUUCCAUCUCCUGGCUACGAGGCAAGACAAAGUGCGAGCACUUAGAGAAGCCUUCUACCGACAGAAUCUGCCCAACCUCACCAAUCUACUUGCAACCAUCUUGGUGUUUGCCAUUGUCAUCUACUUCCAGGGAUUCCGUGUGGAUCUACCCAUCAAGUCUGCUCGUUACCGUGGUCAAUACUCAAGCUACCCCAUCAAGCUCUUUUACACUUCUAACAUUCCAAUCAUCCUUCAGUCCGCUCUUGUAUCCAAUUUGUACAUGCUGGCUGUGAAGUUCUCUGGCAACUUCUUUGUGAACAUGCUAGGGACAUGGGCAGAUGUGGGGGGCGGGGGACCUGCAAGAGCAUACCCGAUAGGAGGCCUUUGUUAUUACCUUUCUCCUCCUGAGACAUUACAACACAUUGUUGAAGACCCUGUCCAUGCCAUGCUCUACAUCUUUUUCAUGUUGGGUUCCUGUGCCUUUUUCUCCAAGACAUGGAUUGAGGUCUCCGGUUCCUCUGCUAAGGAUGUUGCAAAGCAGUUGAAGGAACAACAGAUGGUGAUGCGUGGCCACCGUGAGAAGUCCAUGAUCCACGAGCUGAACCGAUACAUCCCAACAGCAGCUGCAUUUGGAGGCCUGUGCAUCGGAGCCCUGUCGGUGCUUGCAGACUUCCUGGGUGCGAUCGGAUCUGGGACGGGUAUCCUCCUUGCUGUCACAAUCAUCUAUCAAUACUUCGAGAUCUUUGUGAAGGAGCAGUCCGAAAUGGGUGGAAUGGGUACGCUACUCUUCUAAAAAAAAAACAAGGGGGGAAAAACAAACAAUGCUCAGGAGAACACAUUCUCAUUGCGAGGGGUGGGCCGUCUCAAGAGUGCACAACCUCCAGUGAAAUGAAAUCUUGUUCAUUUUUCGUUCUUUUUUUUUUCUUUUUCAAACCUGGCCAGAUUUGUGGCUGUUGGAGUUUAUUUAUGAAGAGUUCAGCACAAAGCUGAUGAAUCAUCUAUUUCUUUCAUCCAUUUGAAACCUGUCAAUGAGCAUGUAUUGACCUACCCCUUUUUUGUAUGACCAGUUCCUCCCUUCAAGAGUUUAUUUGAGUUGAUGCAUUGUGGGUGUGAAGAGCAUUAGGGAUUGCUCUGCCUCCAUUGGGCUGUUUUUUUUCUUGGAAUAUGAAAUUCUGCCCGAUCUGUGAAUGUUGAAAGACUAAAUAAGGAAAUAAAAAAUACGAAUAUUUGG